UAUACUUGCACUCAAAAUCUUCAUUCAUUUUCAUCAUAUUUCAAAUUUCAUCAAUAUUCUCCUUUGUUCAACCAAAAAAAAAAAAAAAAAAACUCAAAAAGUGAACAAAAUGUGUAUGAGUUCAACAGAAUGGAGUAAUUCAUCACGUCCUCUUUAUUUUUCUAUGCAGAAAAAACAAAGAUCAAAGAUCUCUAGAGUUCAACUUCAUAGGCUUGCAAGGAGGAAGAGAAGUGAGAUAAAAGAAACUAAGAAGGAUAUGGAAAUGAGAAACUUGAAGCUUUACAUGGAAAAUAUGAGCAUUUUAGAGGAAAAUGAGAAAUUGAGAAAGAAAGCAAGUCUACUCCAUCAAGAAAAUAUUGCUUUAAUGUCUGAAUUUCAAAAGAAAUUUUCCAAGUUUGAUAGAGUCUCCACCAAAGAGACCCCUCAUCCACCCACCCUCAAAUUGACAAAAUAACUGUUAUAUUUAUUAUGAGAGAAAAGUGUAUGGAUGACAAAAAUAAUAUAUUUUGUAUUAUGUACAUGUGUCUUAUUCAAGCUAUAAUUAAUGCUACUUGUGUUCUUUAUAAA